AUGGAUUGUGUGAAGUUUUUCGCUCCUGCUCGAGUGUCUGAUGCUGUGGCGCGCCACGGUCUGGGACCCUUUGUUGGCGCGCAAGUGGGCGUGCGCAGAGCUGUCGCCACGCAGGACUCCGCGACAGUCCGCUCUGCGCACAGGGGCCCCCGCGCGUCGGCGCAAUGGACGCCCCUCUCGCCCAUGGGACAGCAGGCGAAAGGAUCCUCCCGCAAAGCCAACAACCACCAAAACACAUAUUCAAGCGUCGCAGAAGCUGCGACGCCAGCUGCGUCCACCUUUAUUGGUGGGCGGCGCAGAAGCGCCGACGCCAGCGGAUUCCGCUGGACUCUGGAGCGGCGAGAACAGUUGCGGACGACGGUGCUGCGAUUGUUGCAGCUGUACCGGGCACAGGACUCCCUGUUCACAUGGGCCGCUCUGCCAAAGAUCUGUGCGAUCCCGGCGACCAUGGCCGCUCCGCUCUUUGCUGUGCGCGCCAGCCGUGAGCGCCACAGGCGCGCGCGCGCCGGCGCUGACGCGCGGAGCGCACGGCGCGUGGGGCGGCGGCCCUGCGUGUGGACGGUCCAUCGGUGGGCGGAACGCGCGCUCAAGGGAGCGCUGCUGCGCAGCUCCUGCGGCGGAGCUGCUGGGGCAUCAAAGCGCUGCUGCGCUGCUCCUGCGGCGGAGCGGCUGGGGCGACAAAGCGCAGCUCGCAGUGCGCCCGAAAAGGUCCAGAGCGGCGAUCGAAGAUAUGUCGACGACAGAGACGCGCAUGCUGUGCCCGGCGUGCGCCUGUCUGCGACCGCGGACAAAGGCUUGGUGGAUGCCAAGCCAGCUGUGCGGGCGACGGUGCUGCGACUGUUGCAGCUGUACCGGGAGCAGAACUGCCAGGCCCACUUUGAGCAGUUCUUGUCCAAGUGGGCCGGUCUGCCGUACCGCGUCCGCAAAGACCUGUCCUACGAAGGCACGAUAUACUGCCAUCACCGUGGGGAGCGGUGCGACCCCGGCGACAAAGUAUAUCUCCAAGCCUUGCAGCUGCGCGCUCCCCGUUGGUUGCGGGAAUCGGGGUUCGGCCUCGAUCGCGCGGCGGACAUGCUUGAGGGCAUGUUCGGGGAGGCGGCCCGCCUGGGUCAGCCGGACAAUGGAGUGUGUAAGUUUUUCAACUUACUGCUCCAGUGUCUGAUGCUCCUGUGGUACGCCACGGGCCGGGACCCUUUGUCGUAUAUGGCUCUGAGGAGAACCUGCGACUUGCAAUUUUGUGACCUUUUGGUCACCGAAUUCUCCGCUGGCGCUUGCUGCGGAGCUGGAAUGCUGCCCUAUCGUUGGCGCGGCUAA